UGCUGGGGCGCUGCUUGGGGUCCAGCCAGGCUCCGGGGCCCAGAAGUGCCCCGCACGGAUGGGGCUGAACCCACGUGGGCCACGGGCACGGCUGAGCUCCGGACCCCCAGAUCUCAGUCCUGACCCUGCGCUCAGGGAGAAGGGGACCUCCCAGCUAGGCCUGGCCCCUGGAUGGCGGGUAACUCCCCCAGGCCGGGCCCACCAGAGGCCUCUGCCCAAGGCUGCCUGGGAGCCCCUCCGAGGGGCGGGGGCUCCAGAUCCCAGCAGAGGCAGACCCGCCCCUCAGAAUCUGGCCCCAAAGUGCUGGAGACUAUUGUGUGAGUUUCCCAUCCCACCACUUCACUUUAUUUACUCUCCCGAGGAGGAAGGACACAGGGGCAGAGCCACAGGCAGGCGGCAGUCACGGGCACACACGGACGGGCCAGCACACAAGCCCAGGACUGGGACGCCCCGCCGCCUCGGAGGGAGAAGCCCCCCAAGUCUCCCGCACUUUGUAAACCCCAAAGCAGGGAGGAGACCAGAAAGUGCUCCCCACCCGCGCACAGGCCCCUCCUUCCCCCACAGCGGGUCUCGGGGAGGAAAUGAGGCCGUCCCCAGGCCCGGAUGGGGGCGACGGGCCACCCCCCUCCAGACUGCCGUGGCCUGGCCCGUGUCCCCUAGAGUCCCUCCGCAACCCAAGCGCGGCUCGGCCCCGGCCCCGGCCCCGAAACUGGCGCGGGGAGGGGGCUGUCCCGCAGGUAACCAACGCCCCCAACCCGCAGGGCUGGGGCCCCGGCGGCCGGCGGGCAGCGCGGGAGCGAGAGGACUGAGCGGCCAGCCGAAAGGGAAACUGAGCGCCCAGGCCGGCGGAGGAAGCCCCUCGCGCCCUCGACGAGGCUGUCCUCGCUGGGCAAACACAAACAACAAUAAAAGGAAGGAAACUCUGCCGCGGCGCGCAGGGCGAGCACAGGCGCCGGCGAGGGCGCGCGGUCCCCUCGGUUCCCCGAACGGGGUCCUCCAAGGAGGGGACGCGGGCGCCCAUCGAAGUCCCGCCUUCCCGUCCGCGCCCGGUUUCCGCGCCGGGCCCGCCCCGAGGGGCCCCCGAGCACGCCCGCGGCGCGGUGGCCGGCCCGCACCCACCUUCGAAGUCCGAAAUGAUGCCGUCCAGCUGCGCGUUGACCGCGGGGUCGGACAUGGUGGCUCGCGGGACGCACGAUGCGUGGAGGGCUGCGGCAAGGAAGCGCCCCGGCCGGCCCGGGCCCUGCGCGCUGGCUGGGGGGGGCCGCGCCCGCGCUCCCACCGUGCAGAGCUGGCCGCCGGAGCCCCUCGGCCCCCGGGCUCGGCUGAAUGAAUGGGGGAGGCGGGCGGGCGCCGGCGCUCCCCGCUCCCCGCGCCCCGCCCCGCCCCCGCCUCCCGGGCGGAUCAGGUUCCCGCACCCGCGGUCCGGCCUCCCGGUCUCGCACUGGCUGCUCCGCCCGCCUGUCAAGACCGAGCCCGGGGGGCUGGGGCCCGAAAGGCCGCCGCGGGGACAGGCCGAGUCCUGGGCGCCCGACCCGAACCCCCCCCCACCCCCCGCCUGGCCUGCGCCCAGGGGACGGCGACGGACCCGGCCCCGGCUCCCUCCCCCCGGGACGCCCCGCUGCGGCCAGAUGUGGGCGGAUGUGGAGGCCCGGCGGCGGAGCGGGGGCGGCGCCGAGCGGGGAAGCGAUUCCUCCCCUUCCCUGGGGCUCAGGGUUCCUUCUGCGGGAGGUUUUAUUUACGCAGCCAAACAAAGUUGGCCGCCUGCUUCCCGCGCUCAGCGCCUCCAAGGGUUAAGCGCUCAGGCAGGCGACCGGCAGGAUCCCAGCCGGUUGGCCAAGAGCCAAGCAACGAGGGGCGAACGCAAGAGUCACGUGACCCAGGGCGGGGAGAGGGGCACCCCUCCAGCUACUCCCUACCCCAACCCACCGCCCCCGAGGUCGCUGCUGCACCCUCUGGGGUGUGUGUCCCAAAAAGCGCCGGGGCCACCCAGGACCUGGGGGCAAGGACACAGCACCCUUGUCACAACAGCCAGGACCACGUGCCACCCCCAAGCUCCACAACCAGGGCCUUCUUCCAGGCAGAGCAAAGUCUUCGGGUUCUGCCCAGUAAGGAGCAGGUAUUUCAGAGUAUCUGCAGGAAGGAUUUGGGGACCAGGGAGCAAAGGGUCAACACUGGUGAGGCUGCGCCCCAUCUGGCCCCACCGCAAGCCUGGCCUUGACCUCCAGGGUAGGUCAUUUCUACUCUUCUCCAUCCAUUCCACAGACCUUGAUCAAUCAAGCCCUGCCACCUCCAAGGCCAACAGGUCCCAGGGGCUGAGGACCAAAGGACCAGCGGGCUGGAACUUGAGAGGCAGCAGCAGGGAAGGGCCCUUCAGGUCUGACACCAACGUGGCAGGGGGGGGGGGGUGUCUCUUCCACUCCUCCUGGCUGAGACAGGCUGCCUGCCCCCCUCCCUUACCUUAGGCCAGAAGUCAGGGCCUGGGUGAGAAUUCCUAGCAGGCAAAACUCCCUGAGCCCCUGGGCCAGUGGGCAACUCUGCAGUGUGGUGCCCUGAGUGUCCCGAGAGCUCAUCCUGGGUCUCGGCUGCCACUCCCCUGCCAGCCCCCACACCCCUAGUUCGGGAAGAUCCCAAAUGCACGGAGGACUCCCUGACUCCCAUCCUGGUUAUUCCUGGCCUUCCUCCGGAGAAGGCUCUCGGUUUGGGGAGCUUUUUUUUCAAGUUAAUGAAAUCGAGUCCUUCCUUUUUAAGAAAAGCAGUCGCUCCCUCCCUCAUGCUUUGGAUGUUUUGAACUAUUUUCAACCAAGUGAGUUUGUGGACAUGGAACUGCAAAACCACAGACAUUUCAGAUGCGCACACACCCUGGGAGCCGGGGUUUCCGACAUGGAGUCGCCGCUGUCCUGAAUAGCGCCCUGACGACUUUCGCAUCAGCCUGAAAAGUGAAAACCGGCACCUGGGCCACCUGUCCGGCCUGUAUUUGGGAGUUUGGUGGCCCACGGCCCCUAAGAAACAGCCUAAGGCCACAACCCCGUGGGACGAUGCUGGGUGGCAGGGACGGGGCGGUAGCCGGUCUGGGCCACAGCAUUAUUCUCCAGUGUUUAUAUAAAAAGCACCUGGUGUGUGUAGACACACCCGGGCGAUUGUUCUCCCAGAGAGCCGGCUCCCGCUUCUACCAGAUUAGCACGGGGUCAGCUCAGUGUGCCUUAUCCAUUUCCACCCACAGUGGGGCUAAACACGUAUGCUUAUCUCCACAGCAGCCCCGCCAGGGGGCACGCCUUGCCCAGUUGGUCCCCUAUGGGAACCCGCAGGACAAUGGCGGGAGGGAGCAGACCUCCGAGGCCAGAAGUGCCCCAUGUUGGCACGCCUGUGCUCCAGAGCCCAUCCUGCCCAUCCACCUGCCUCUGCCCCCUGCACUUAACCACUGGGGCCACCGUUGCCAGGCCUAGACGCCUCCAGGAGAUGGGAAACAGCUGGGCACCACCCUGCAAGUACUAAUUACCCUCGCCAAACGCGAAGACAAUCCAGCUGCUCCUUGGCCUUCUCUUUCUCCGCUUAAAUCAUCCAUCCCCAGCCCUUUAAUCAUCCGUCAUCCUUUGAUCACUUCUGAUGACUGUGCCCAAAUUGGGGCUCCAGGACUUUAAUAAGGCCUGAUCCCUCCAGGGUGGGAACGGCCCUCUGACCCCUGCUCCCAAGCCUGAGCAGCCAGGGCCGGGGUCUGGACGAAUAAUCCUGGUAGGGGCACUAGGCAGAUAAAAUGAGCAGCAGCAGUGGAGAGGAGAAAAUGAGCUUCCAUUUGGCAAGAAAAAAAAGAACUUCGAGGAGUUCCCAUCAUGGCGCAGGGGAAACGAAUCCCACUAGGAACCAUGAGGUUGCAGGUUCAAUCCCUGGCCUCGCUGAGUGGGUUAACGAUCU